CAGCUGAUGCAACAACAACGAACUUUGACUACCACAACCACCCCUGAAACAUCCUCAACUGUAGCGCCAACAUCGACAACUGUUGCAGCAACCACAACUAUAUCUGACACCACAACAACAGCUGAUGCAACAACAACAACUUUGGCUACCACAACCACCCCUGAAACAUCCUCAACUGUAGCGCCAACAUCGACAACUGUUGCAGCAACCACAACUAUAUCUGACACCACAACAACAGCUGAUGCAACAACAACAACUUUGGCUACCACAACCACCCCUGAAACAUCCUCAACUGUAGCGCCAACAUUGACAACUGAUGCAGCAACCACAACAAUAUCUGACACCACAACGACUAUUGGUGCAACAACAACAACUUUGGCUACCACAACCACCCCUGAAACAUCCUCAACUGUAGCGCCAACAUCGACAACUGUUGCAGCAACCACAACUAUAUCUGACACCACAACAACAGCUGAUGCAACAACAACAACCUUGGCUACCACAAGCACCCCUGAAACAUCCUCAACUGUUGCGCCAUCAUCGACAACUGUAGCGCCAACAUCGACAACUGUUGCAGCAACCACAACUAUAUCUGACACCACAACAACAGCUGAUGCAACAACAACAACCUUGGCUACCACAAGCACCCCUGAAACAUCCUCAACUGUUGCGCCAUCAUCGACAACUGUAGCACCAACAUCGACAACUGAUGCAGCAAUCACAACUAUAUCUGACACCACAACAACAGCUGAUGCAACAACAACAACCUUGGCUACCACAAGCACCCCUGAAACAUCCUCAACUGUUGCGCCAUCAUCGACAACUGUAGCGCCAACAUCGACAACUGUUGCAGCAACCACAACUAUAUCUGACACCACAACAACAGCUGAUGCAACAACAACAACCUUGGCUACCACAAGCACCCCUGAAACAUCCUCAACUGUUGCACCAUCAUCGACAACUGUAGCGCCAACAUCGACAACUGAUGCAGCAACCACAACUAUAUCUGACACCACAACAACAGCUGAUGCAACAACAACAACUUUGGCUACCACAAGCACCCCUGAAACAUCCUCAACUGUAGCGCCAACAUUUACAACUGAUGCAGCAACCACAACAAUAUCUGACACCACAACGACUAUUGGUGCAACAACAACAACUUUGGCUACCACAACCACCCCUGAAACAUCCUCAACUGUAGCGCCAACAUCGACAACUGUUGCAGCAACCACAACUAUAUCUGACACCACAACAACAGCUGAUGCAACAACAACAACCUUGGCUACCACAAGCACCCCUGAAACAUCCUCAACUGUUGCGCCAUCAUCAACAACUGUUGCAGCAACCACAACUAUAUCUGACACCACAACAACAGCUGAUGCAACAACAACAACUUUGGCUACCACAACCACCCCUGAAACAUCCUCAACUGUUGCGCCAUCAUCAACAACUGUUGCAGCAACCACAACUAUAUCUGACACCACAACAACAGCUGAUGCAACAACAACAACUUUGGCUACCACAACCACCCCUGAAACAUCCUCAACUGUAGCGCCAACAUUGACAACUGAUGCAGCAACCACAACAAUAUCUGACACCACAACGACUAUUGUGCAACAACAACAACUUUGGCUACCACAACCACCCCUGAAACAUCCUCAACUGUAGCGCCAACAUCGACAACUGUUGCAGCAACCACAACUAUAUCUGACACCACAACAACAGCUGAUGCAACAACAA